UUUUGUCAUUACUUCACGAAAAUAUAAACUAACAUUCAAACAUAACACGGGUGCAAGUUUCGCUCAGCCAAUUCCUUGUCAUAGAAUUAUCAUUUAGUAAUUAUCAGACCGUAAAUUAAUAUGUGUUCUUGUUUUGUUUAUGUUGCUAUGCCGAGCCAAAGCUGUGACGCGGCUGAAAGUAUUAUCGACCGUUUGUCGACCGCUUGCCCUGUAGUCUGCUUUUCCUUUCCGGCUCUUUGAUUGUUUUAACAUUCCUCGGUUCAUUCUGAAAGCAGGAAAUACCGUUGCAGAGUCAUGGGGUGUUUAUUCUCAAAGAAGAGCAAUUCGCAGCCUGAAACGGAGGCACCAAAAAAAGAGUACAGUUGGGACAAGCGUACACAAAUUAAAGUUGAGGACUUCGCGUUAGACGGGCUACAAGACAAAACUGUGGUUAGACUUCCAGGAAGCAUUGAUGGUCAACAAUUUAUAAUUCAAAACUGCACAAAUUGCAAAAUAUUUUUGUUGGAUUAUACUGCUACAGUCACAAUUGACAAAUGCAUUGAUUGUCAGAUUGUGUUGGGGCCGAUUAAAGGAUCGCUAUUUUUUAGGAACUGUAAAAAUUGCAAGUGCUUAUGUGCUUGUCAACAGUUUCGUACAAGAGAUUGCUCCAGGAUGGAUAUAUUUUUAUUUUGCAUGACACAACCUAUUAUCGAAGCAUCCAACAGGAUGAAGUUUGGGUGUUAUCAACUAUCCCACGCAGGAUUGGAAAAACAAUUUGCAGAUGCUGGAUUAGAAAUCAUGAACAAUACUUGGAACAGUAUAUAUGAUUUCACUCCAAACCCAGAAGAAGGAGCCAAUUGGAGUCUCAUACCGGAAGAGACAAAUAUUGAUCAGCUGUUGACUUUCACCACAGAGAGAAUGGAAAAUGAAGAUGGCAAUGAUAGCCUGAACAAGAGUUGUUUACCUGAAGAUAUGACACUUUCUUCCAAUUCAGAAUGUAGUAUUGUUCCAAUGACAUCAGGUGAACGUGGUAGUACAUCUGCAGAAUCAUGUCUGGCUUUAUUUUUUCACCAUGACCGAGCAAUUCAGACUUCAAUGAGUGUUAUUCGUCAGCUUCAGCAAAGUCAAAUCACACUUGUCAGAUCUAAACAGAUUCCUAUUCCUCAAGAAACUGCUUCAGAUAUGUUUGACAAAUCAACACAAUCAAAACUUCUAAAAGCCACGAAUCAAGGCAAUGUAAUUGGGCUUGAAUUCAAUGGCCCGGAUUGUUUAGAAAAGUGUCAUGAAGCUACCAACUCCCUUGCUGAAGGGCUUCUUACAUUUGUAACAGACUCAAAUCAUCAUAUUGAACGUUUUUUCACUUGCCUGGAUAUGCAAAUGUAAUUGACCUUAAUAUGCUUUGGCAUUAAAUCUUAUUGUUCAAUAUCAUCUGUUGCAAAAUUCUUUAAAUAUACCUAAUUGAGUGUCUGUCUUAAAGUUAAAUGCAAAAUCUGUCAUAAAAUUGAUUUGUAUAUUUAAGAUGGAAUGCGAAAUUUCAUGACAAUGUGGGGGACGCAUUUAAUUCUUGUACCUAGAACUGUUGAAAUUAUGUUUUUGUCGUGUAUAUUGUGCAUGAAAUGGUUUUGCCAACAUCUCAUAGGCUAUACUAAUUUAACUGCAGUGAUUUAUGGGUUUAUUACACAAAUUUCUUUUGUAAUCAUUGUUUUAUGAUUUGUUUAGACACAUUUAGAAAUGAUUAAGACUUGCCAGCUUUUAGUUCAUAAUUAUUAUUCUUGUGUCGGAUCAAUUUAUUUAUGACACAAACAUAUGUGUCGAUAGGAUUAAAUAGUGGCCUCAUUUGCAUAUUUAGGUAAUGCUCUUUAGCAGGUGAUCAGUAUUAAUCAAUAAUUUUUGAAAAUAGGUUUGCUGGCUGUUAUGUUCAUGAUGUAGCAAUAGUAAACUAAAGUAUUAAUGUUUCAGUCAAUUGUCAAACUGUGCAAAGUGUAUCAAUUAUAAUAUGGGUUAAUAUUAAUCAUGCUUAUUAAUAGCAUCAUGGCACUUGUUUUAAGAUAUGUUACAGCUCAAAUUUCAAGAUAUGUCACAUUUUACCCUGUUUUUGUAUAAUGCAAUAUUAUUGAUAAUUUGACAUCCUCAUACAAGCACUGUUGCUGAGAGAUCUAUCUUAUCAAUGUAACGAAACCUGUUGAAUGACAGAUGUGCUGCAAAAACAGAGCUUUCAGUUUUGAUCUGCACUGCUACCAUUCAUAUAAUCUUGAUAUUUUAAUUUUAUACUGCACUGUUAUUGUAUUGUACUAAACAAUUGUUUUGAUACUGAACAUAUAAAACAACUAAUUGUAUGAA